AUGCGCUUUGUGGCUCUCAUGCUUAUCUUUGCAUCUGCCGCGAGUGCGGUCGAUUAUGAUUGGUGGCAAUCAGCCCUUAUUUAUCAAAUCUAUCCACGUUCCUUCAAAGACAGCAACGGAGAUGGCAUUGGAGACUUAAAUGGUAUAACAGAGAAGCUUCCGUACUUGAAAGAAACUGGAGUUGACGCAAUAUGGUUGUCACCUAUCUUCCUCUCGCCCAUGUACGACUUCGGCUACGAUAUCGCCGACUACCGGGAGAUUGCGCCAGAGUAUGGAACUAUGGAAGACUUUCACGCGCUCAUGAAAGUGGCUAAAAAGUUGGGUAUACGUGUGAUACUUGAUUUUGUGCCAAAUCAUACGAGCAACGAGAGCAAUUGGUUCAUCCGAUCAGUGCGUAGAGAACCAGUAUUCCAGGACUAUUAUGUGUGGGCAGAUGGCAUCCCCGAUCCAGACAAACCUGACGUCUUAAGACCUCCGAGCAACUGGGUUAGUAAUUUCCGAAAGAGUGCUUGGGAGUUCAAUAAAGAAAGAGGACAGUUCUACUUACACCAAUUCGUCAUCGGACAACCUGAUCUUAACUACCGUGAACCCAGGGUGCAGGAGGAAAUGAAGCAAAUACUUCGUUUCUGGCUGAACAUGGGCAUAUCCGGGUUCAGAGUGGACGCUACGAAUUAUUUGUUCGAAGUUGACCCGCGGGAGUUUGGGGGACGGUACCCGGAUGAACCCCAAUCAGGCGUUCCAGGCACUGGACCAGAUGACUACGAAUAUCUCAAUCAUAUAUAUACUAAGAAUUUGAAUGAGUCGUACAACGUAGUGUUUGAAUGGAGGGAUUUGCUAGACGAGUACACCGACAAGGACGGCGAAUAUAAGAUCAUGAUUACGGAGGCCUACACUGAAAUAGGCCAAAUGAUACGCUACUACGGCACCGGCAAACGCAACGGCUCUAUACCCUUCAACUUCUUCUUCCUCGAGGAGAUAAACAAUCAGUCCAACGCCCGGGAUAUUAAGCUGGUCAUCGAUAAAUGGAUGACUUACAUGCCUAGUGGACAAACUGCCAACUGGGUGAAUGGAAAUCACGACCAAAGCAGGCUUGCAUCGCGUCUGGGCACGGACAGAGUGGACGCCAUGAACAUGCUGGCCCUCAUACUACCCGGAGUUGCUAUCACGUACCAGGGUGAAGAGAUAGGCAUGAGCGAUGGGUUCGUGAGCUGGCGCGACAGCAGGGACCCGCUGGCGUGCAACAGCGGGCCGGACCGCUACGCGCGGCUGUCGCGGGACCCGGCGCGCACGCCCUACCACUGGGACGCGAGCGCGCACGCUGGCUUCUCCAGCGCCGCCACCUGGCUGCCGCUCGCACACAACCACCGCACGGUCAACCUGGCCGCACAGCUCGAGGGGAACACCCAUUACACGUUUUAUAAGGAUUUGGCGGCUGUCAAGAAAAAACCAGCAACUCGUUACGGGGAUUUGGAAACAAGAGCUUUAUCGGAAUCAAUUUUAGUUGUCACUCGGCUUUUGCCAGGCUCACCAGGAAUAGUUGGCAUUAUAAACCUAUCUCAAGACGAUGAAAUUUUAAACUUGUCGUCAUUACGCCUGCUGCCCAACAAGAUGAUAGUGGUCGCUUCUGGCAUUGACUGCUUACUGAAAAAAGGAGGUUCACUAUCAAAGGCUUACCUGCCAAUAUCAUCACACUGUGCUGUCGUCUUUGAAACUGUUGAAAAUUGUUGUUAA